UAGUGCUUGUAGGGUCAUAAUGAAAGACCUAGUCAUUCUAAUUAACUUCUGUACGGUUUUCGCUUUGAAAAAUAAAAUCGAGUGCGGGUAUAAGCAAUGCCCCCAAACCAGAGAUGGUGCCCUGAAUGUCCAUAUAAUAGCCCACUCGCACAUGGAUGCGGGUUGGGUGAAGACUUUUGAUGAAUAUUAUUUCGGCACCAAAACAGCAAUAAGCACAGCCAAUGUACAACUUAUCUAUCAUUCGGUUCUCUCUGAGCUAUUACAUGAUAAACGGAGAAAAUUCACGUUCUCCGAAACAGCAUAUUUCUGGCGCUGGUGGAAAGAACAGCGCGGUGGUACCAGGUCCACGUUCAAGAGCCUGGUGGCGGAAGGUCGGGUGCAGUUCGCUGGUGGUGGCUGGGUGCAGUCUGAUGAAGCUACUGCACAUUAUAUGCAGCUGAUAGAUCAGUACACUUGGGGCUUGAGGAAGAUCAACGACACUCUGGGACCCUGCGGUAAACCUAAAGCGGCGUGGCAGAUAGAUACGUACGGACAUACAAAAGAACACACGUCGCUUCUAGCGCAAAUGGGAUACGACGGUCUCUUCAUAGGAAGAGUGGACCACAAAGAAAGAGAAGCGAUGAUAGAAGAAGACAGAAUGGAAUUCAUGUGGAGAGGGAGCGAUGUGCUUGGUAAAAUGUCGGAUAUAAUGACACACACGCUAUACAAUCUAUACAACGCUCCCGACGGGUUUUGCUUCGACUUCCUCUGCAAUGAUGAGCCAAUCGUGGAGGACACAGAUAGCAUUGCAUAUAACGCUGAUAAAAGAGUGAACGAUUUCAUCACCCAAAUAGAAAGGCAAGCGAAAUACUACGACCAUGAUAAUAUAGUGGUGAUGAUGGGAGGUGACUUCACUUAUCAGAGCGCAGCCAACUGGUUUAUGAACAUCGAUAAGUUGAUCAACCACGUCAAUACCCAUCCCGCUAAUAUGUCAGACAUUAACAUAUUUUAUUCGACACCAUCUUGCUUUUUGAAAGCCAUUUAUUUAUAUGGGAAAAGGGACAAGGCGAUAUUUACUGAAAAGGGUGACCACUUACCCUAUGGAAGCGAUGCUAAUACUUAUUGGACUGGAUUCUACACGUCUAGACCUAACAUAAAAUACCUAGCACUUAGAGCUCAUAUUUAUUUACAGGUGGUGAAACAAUUGACAGUAAUAUCAAGAAUGAGCGAUUCCUAUGAACUACACCUGCUGCGUCAUGCUGUGAGCCUGGUACUUCACCAUGAUGGCAUUACGGGUAUGCUUAUUAUAUUAACCCCAACCUGGGGUGGUAGCAGACGACCGAAGAGUAGUCAACAAUUCAUAGUCUGUCAUCAACUCAACAUCAGCCAAUGCAGAUUCACAGAGACUCAAGACUCCAUGCUACUUCUGGUGUACAAUCCUCUUAGUAUCAAAACAUAUUACCAUGUACGGCUGCCGGCGGUAGCAUUGCAUUAUUCCAUACGUGAUUAUAAUGAUGAAGAGGUAGAAUAUCAGCUGCUAUCUCUACCAGCGUCUGUGAUAAACCUCCCCGGGAGGAGGUCCACGGCCAUUCAGGAGCUAUGUUUCGAAGCUGAAAAUAUACCUCCGUUAGGCUUCACAGCAUAUUAUAUCACGCCGAUACGCGAUCAGUUGGCGGAAGGUGCUUAUGUCAAGAAAUCGCAAGCCAACACCGACCCAGAACAGGAAGUGACACCUAGUAUAAGUAAUGAAUACAUAAAAGUGACAGUAGACCAGAAGACAGGUCUACUAGAGUCCAUACAACAUCUUGAUGGACUAAAAAUUAUGGUGUCCCAGAACUUUUACUUCUAUAGUCAGACUCAGCAGACCCUACAGUCUGGUGCCUAUAGUUUCAGACCCGAAAAGAAUAGACCGAUACCGAUAUCAGAAAAAGCCACAUUCCACACGAUUCGAGGGUCACUUAUAAAGGAAAUCCGGCAAAGAUACAGCGAUUGGGCGACGCAAGUGAUACGACUCUAUCGGGGAGAAGAGUUCGUGGAGCUGGAGUGGAUAAUUGGCCCCGUGCCUUUGGGAACGGAUCUGGGUAAAGAAGUUGUCAGCAUCUUCAAAACGAAUAUCAGCAGCAAUGGUCACUUUUACACUGACUCCAACGGCCGCCAGAUGAUCAAGAGAUCCUGUUGGAAUGAAACAGCCAGUCAUCACCAAAAGAAGCCGGUAGCAGCGUGCUACUACCCAGUGACGUCACGUAUCUGCAUCAGCUCCUUCAACUCAAGCGUCGACAUUUGUGUCCUGACUGACAGGUGUCAGGGUGGCACUUCAUAUAAUGACGGGGAGAUAGAACUGAUGUUACACAGAAGAUUGAUAACGGACGAUGGGUUCGGCUUGGAAGAGAGCCUUAACGAAGAGGCGUUUGGUGUCGGGCAAGUUGUGAGAGGCAAGCAUCGGAUUUUCUUCGGAAAUUCACGGUUUGAUGUCGAAGAUUUAUCAUUUUCUGAGCGUGUUGCGCAAACUUCGCGAAAGUGGUUAUAUGAGCCAUGGCUGUUCUUGACGCCAGGGGAGAAGAUUAAUAGAAGAAAGUGGCAGAACGUGAGGAAUAAACGGUAUUCAGCACUGCGUCUCCAUGGUCUACCGCGUCACAUCAGCAUCGUAACCCUAGAACCUUGGAAGGGAGGUUCAGUUCUUUUGAGAUUGGAAAAUACCCUGGAAAAACAUAAAAGUCUAAAACCCGAAAAAGAAAUGCUGGAUGACUUCACAAACUCCCACAUAACAGUGGAUUUAAAUAAGAUAUUUGUACACUUCAAAAUAGUGUUGGUGAAAGAAACUACGCUCGCUGCUAACCAGUGGUUAGACGAGGCCCGACAGAUGGACUGGAGUACUCGAUAUGUAUACGCCGGUGGCGAUGACGGCAUUUUGCCAGAAGAUCAUCCCGAUUACACUGACGACGUGAGACAACAUAAACCGGAUAAAGAAUACGACGACGAUAUCGACUCAAAACGAGCGUAUGCAGGCGAAAAAGGACAAUUAAAAGCAAAAUCAAGAUAUCAAGAUUACGAUAAAAGAAAAAAACGUGAUAUCAACAUAACACAUACAGAUAACUUCUAUAACAAUACAGAUAAAACGAAAGAUGAAUUUAAACAUUCGAACAACACAUUUACAACAUAUGUGAAUCGAUUCAAUAGAAAAGACAUAUUUGUGAAUAAAACAAGGAAUUCAAAUAGAAAUGUCUUCAAACGGUUUGAUGUAACGACUAGGAGACCAAAAUUGAAAUUUUUAACGACACAAUAUAAGAAAUAUGAUCUGAGAGAUGAUUCGGAUGAGAAUUAUUCCAAUAGACGGCGCAGUAAAGCUGUUAGCUAUGAUGAUACUGACAUAUACGUGGAUGCAGAUGAUGGCGUCACGAAGUCCAUCUACGAAAUGUAUUACAAAAAGAAUCCAGUUAGACGUUCCUACAAAACCUACUUAAGUAGCUCCGAGGAAUUUCUAGAAAGGCCUAGAAAAAGAAUAAAGAAAGACGGUCAUAGGAAUAAUUAUAGGUCUAGAAGUAGAAGCAGAGGGCAGAGUUUCGACAUGCCUUUCUUCAUCACAAAUAGAAGUACUAAAUUGGAAGAUUUUGAUGAUAAAAGUGAUGAAUAUAAAAGGUAUAAGGGCAGAGGACACUCAAAUACAGAAACUAUGCCAAGAAGAGAAUUCAUUAGUUUAAGAUCCGCCGUGUAUAAUAAUGAUGGAGAAGAGAGCCAGGAACAAGAACAAGAGUAUAAAGAGGAGUCCGAAGAAGCUAGAAGGAGUAGAAGAGCAAUAAACGAAGAACUACCGUCUUCAGAAGACAAGAGCGAGACGGACUAUGUCAUAUCACUCCGUCCCACUCAGAUACGAACGUUCGUCAUAUGGUUCGAAGACAAAAAACCAUAUACCCUAUAGAUAUUUAUUUCAAUUGAAUUUAUAAUUAAUUAGUGAAUA